AUGGCCGCCGCUGUAGCUGACACCCCCAAGAUGGACGAGCAGGUCGACCUCACCACCAUCCCUGUCGACCCUGCUGGCAAGGAGGAUUCUUCCGAUGUCAAGGACGAUGACAAGCCCGUCACCGUUUUCCACGACAAGGACAACUUCAACGUGAAGCACCCUCUUCAGAACAAGUGGACUCUCUGGUUCACAAAGCCUCCGAGCGGCAAGGGCGACAACUGGAACGAUCUCCUCAAGGAAGUUAUCACCUUCGACUCCGUUGAGGAAUUUUGGGGCGUUUACAAUAAUGUCGCACCCGUUUCCGAGCUUUCCCUCAAGUCCGACUACCACCUCUUCAAGGCCGGCGUUCGCCCCGAGUGGGAGGACCCCCAGAACAAGCAUGGCGGCAAGUGGUCUUACCAGUACAAGGACAAGCGAAACAUCGAUGUAGACCGUCUCUGGCUCCAGGUCAUGAUGGCCGCUAUUGGCGAGACCCUCGAGGACGAGGACGAUGGCGAGGUCAUGGGUGUAGUUGUCAACGUUCGAAAGGCCUUCUUCCGAAUUGGUGUCUGGACUCGUACCAUCGGAAAGAGCAUCCCCGGUCGAGGUGAAGGCGAUGUCGCUGGUGGUAAGGGCCGCAGUGGUGAGAAGGGUAGGGACAUUCUCCUGUCUAUCGGCCGCAGGUUCAAGGAGGUUCUCGAGCUGCCCGCGUCAGAGCAGGUUGAGUUCUCUGGACACACCGACAGUGCCCACUCGGGCAGCACACGAGCCAAGGCUAAGCACGUUGUUUAA